GCGAUUUGGUUCCUAGCCAAUCCACCAUAACCAUUGUCAGAACCUGUUCAGGCUUCACUUGACCGGUUAACUAUUUUUUAAAAUCAGUACAGCUGUGUCUUUAUCUACUUGUUAGGAUUUUUACUGCAUACAGUGGGAUGAUGGCAAAUGCUGAGGGAAACAAACUAUGGGGUGGUCGGUUCGUGGGAGACAUUGACCCGAUUAUGGAGAAGUUCAACGCGUCUAUUGCAUAUGACCAGCGAAUGUGGGACGCAGAUAUCCGCGGCAGCAAGGCGUAUGUGAGAGCACUUGAGAGAGCCAAACUGGUCAGCUUGGAAGACAUGAAUCACAUCCUUCAGGGCAUGGACAAGAUUCACGAGGAAUGGUCUAAAGGAGUGUUUCAGGUCAAACCAGGGGAUGAAGACAUCCACACAGCAAAUGAGCGCCGGUUGAAGGAGCUGAUUGGUGAGCCAGCUGGAAAGCUUCACACUGGAAGAAGUAGAAAUGAUCAGGUGGUGACGGACAUGAGACUAUGGCUUAGAGAUGCUAUCUUCACUCUGAAGGCCAACGCCCUCCAGCUGAUCACCACCAUGGUGGAGAGAGCAGCAGUGGAGAUUGAAGUGCUGUUUCCUGGAUACACCCACAUGCAGAGGGCUCAGCCAAUCAGAUGGAGCCACUGGAUUCUGAGUCAUGCAGUGGCUUUAAGCAGAGAUGUUGAGCAGCUCCAGGAGAUGCGGAGACGAGUCAAUGUACUUCCUCUGGGAAGUGGGGCCAUAGCUGGGACGCCAUUUAACAUCGACAGGGAGCUGCUUCGCAAAGAGCUGGCCUUUGAUGACAUCAGCAUUAAUAGCAUGGAUGCUACUGGGCAGAGGGAUUUUGUUGCUGAGUUCCUGUUUUGGGCGUCUCUGUGUCUCACACACCUCAGUAAGAUGGCAGAGGACCUGAUGCUUUACAGCACAAAGGAGUUCUCCUUCGUCACCCUCUCUGAUGCCUACAGUACAGGCAGCAGUCUGAUGCCACAGAAGAAGAAUGCAGACAGUCUGGAGCUGAUAAGAAGUAAAGCUGGUCGUGUCUUUGGCAGAUGUGCUGGAUUUAUGAUGACACUGAAGGGCCUUCCUAGCACAUACAACAAAGACCUACAGGAAGAUAAGGAAGCUAUGUUUGACUGCUAUGACACAGUUCAUGCUGUGUUACAGGUGACUACAGGUGUCAUGUCCACCCUCAAGAUCAACCAGAGUGUGAUGGAAGCUGCCCUCAGCCCUGACAUGUUGGCUACUGAUCUGGCCUACUACCUCGUCAGAAAGGGAAUGCCGUUCAGAGAGGCUCAUGGUGUCUCUGGCAUAGCUGUGUUUCUGGCCGAAUCCAAAAACAUCCCCCUGAACCAACUUUCUGUGGACGACCUGCUGACUGCCAGUCCUCUGUUUGACAGUGACGUCUCCUCGGUGUGGGACUAUGGCAGCAGUGUGGAGCAGUACAGUGCCCCCGGUGGUACAGCCAAGAGUAGCGUCAGUGCCCAGAUAGAACACAUGAGGGCCUGGCUGAAGAGACAAUCACAGUGACCUCUGUUCAUCACUCCCUUCAGACAAACAUAAUCACUACAUUUGAACAUUUGAAAAUGCAUCAGAACUGUUACAGGCAACAAUCAAAGGGUUGGAUGUGUAAACAUCGGAUGUUACUGAGUUUAAAAAUCAUAUUUGCCUUCUGGCUUGUUGAAUUUAUCUAAAACCAAAUGGGUCCAUUUUGUGCCUUGCCAUGAUCGUUAAAAGAAACUAUUUCAAAAAGUUGGUUUUGUCAUACAAUCAUAAAUCUUGGAAAACAA